AGGCACUAAAAUCAUAUCAACCGGGGGUCCGACGGAGUAGUAGUAAUUUGUAAACCUCCACGCUUCCUUGCCGAAAAUUGCAGGUGUCAUUAACAAUCUCCCUCUCUCUUUCGACUCACUCAUUUGACUUCCCCCAAUUCACAAACCCUAAUUUCACCAUGACUGCUCGAAAACGAACUCCAUCUUCAUCUCCCUCAAUCCCAACUCCCGAACAACCAGUCCCUGAAACGACGUCGUCUCCACCCUCUUCCACUCCGAUCAUCCGUCCGUACAAACUAGGUCAAGUCCUCAAAGUAUCUCUCAUCUUCAUCAUCCCUUACUUGUACCUCAUAUUCUACCAUUACAGCGACAACAUCGAGGUGGAUCUGAAGAGAUCUAUUCUCAUCAAUGCGUUGCUUAGCUUCGCUGGCUUCUUGUUUACGCUGAGUAUGAUCCCCGUGGCUUCUCGUUACGUGCUGAGGCGUAAUAUGUUUGGUUAUGAUAUUAAUAAGAAAGGCACUCCUCAAGGCUCGAUUAAAGUGCCUGAGUCUCUAGGGAUUGUUGUUGGGAUAGUUUUCUUAGUUAUUGCUAUCUUGUUUCAGUACUUUAACUUCACCUCGGAUUCAGUUUGGCUAGUUGAAUACAAUGCAGCUUUAGCAUCCAUCUGUUUCAUGAUUCUGCUUGGUUUUGUGGAUGAUGUCCUUGAUAUUCCUUGGAGAGUGAAAUUGGUGUUGCCAUCCGUUGCUGCUCUUCCAUUGUUGAUGGCCUAUGCUGGACAUACAACUAUAAUUAUACCAAAGCCAAUUGUUUCAUAUGUUGGAUUUGAGAUCUUAGAUCUAGGAUGGUUUUAUAAGUUAUAUAUGGGACUCCUGGCUGUGUUUUGCACCAACUCCAUCAAUAUCCAUGCUGGUAUAAAUGGUCUGGAAGUUGGGCAGACAGUCGUUAUUGCAUCUGCUAUUUUGGUGCAUAAUAUCAUGCAAAUCGGAGCAUCGGCUGACCCUGAGUAUAAACAAGCUCAUGCAUUCUCCAUCUACCUUGUUCAACCAUUGCUUGCUACUUCUCUGGCUUUGCUUUCUUACAACUGGUAUCCUUCUUCAGUUUUUGUUGGUGAUACCUACACAUACUUUGCUGGAAUGACAAUGGCUGUGGUUGGAAUUUUGGGCCAUUAUAGUGAAACAUUGCUUAUAUUCUUCCUUCCUCAAGUCAUUAAUUUCCUCCUAUCCCUCCCUCAGCUCGCUGGAUAUAUUCCUUGCCCACGGCAUCGGCUACCAAGAUUCGACCCUCAGACAGGACUACUUACUGGGACAAAUGAUGGGACUCUUGUGAACUUAUCCUUGAGACUGUUUGGCAGGAGGUCAGAGAAGUCACUUUGCAUCCUGCUACUACUUCUCCAGGUUAUAGGCUGCUGCUUCUGCUUCAUGUUGAGAUGGAUCCUCACUGGUUGGUACAAAUAAAGUAGCAGCAACAAUACAAUGUAAUUUACAGAAUGCUAGAGAUUUUUUUCCUACUCAACAUGCUGAAUUACGAGAUCAGAUCUGUAAUCAACCAUCCUUCACUAUUUCAAGAGUAUUAUUAACGGAGCAUAAACAGGAAUUCCUUCUCAACAGGUAUCAUACUUCAGGGAAUUUUGGGUGUUCUAAUUCCUAGUGUAAUCUUAAUGCAACAUGUUUUCCCUCUUCAUAGAUUGGGUCAUUAUAGUUACUCCAUAUUCCUAGUAUCAGCUUGUUAUUUUGUUCCAAACAGAAUUCCAUAUUCUUGUGGUGGUGAUUGAGUUCUCUGACAUCAAACUACAAAUAUUUGACUGGGCAAAGAUUAGCUAAUCGAUGUUUUUUACA